AUGCCGCCGAAAAGGAAAUCCAAGGCCAAUAGCUUGGCAGAGGUGUCAACGCCAAAGGCAUCAUCAACUCCCGCUCGCGACGAAGAUGCUAUGGAUAUAGACACCCCGCAAGCUGCAGAUACUCCACGUGCUGCCGAUACUCCUACAGCUUCUAAGCCCAAUCUGCCACCACCAUCUGAGAUCCUAAAUAACCUAUGGACCGACGAUCAGGAAGCUUCACUGUUCAAGGCAGUUAUUCGCUGGAAACCUUCAGGCAUGUCACAUAUACCACACCACGCUACGUGCAUACACAAACACUUCCGUAUGAUCUCAAUCUCAGAACACCUGCGCAACCACGGCUUCGACCCUGACGUCGAGACGCACACGCGCAUCCCAUGUAUCUGGGACAAGCUCCGGCUCUUCUACAACAUGGAAGCGAUCGACGAGCGCGACAACUCCUUCGACUACGUCAAGGGCGAGGGCGAAGGCCAGGAGGAGGAGCCCGAGCAGAAAUACGACGACUUCGACCUUCCCGCCCACGAGUUCCACGACCUCAUGUGGGAGCGCGCCGCGGCCAAGCCCGGCGAGGAGUCGGCUCCGUCGGACGCCGACAUCGACGUACCCAGCAGCAAACCCGCGCCGGUGGCGGGCAAAAAGCGCAAGCGAGGCGGCACGAGGGGCGCCGCGGAUUCGACGGCCGAUGCGGCGAGCGUCGCGGGCAGCACGACGACGAAGACGCGGGCGAGCACCGUCGAAGACACCGACCAGGAGACGCCGCUGCCCAGUAGUCCCGCGGCGCGAACCAGGGGUGCUCAGAAGCAGAAGCGCGCGGCCGCGAGGGCGAAGGCCGAGAGCGUCGAGCCGGACGUCGAAGAAGAUGCCGAGGAAGAGGAGGAGGUGGUGGAAGAGGAAGAUAACGGCGAGGAAGAGGCUGACGAGGAGGAGAGCGAGAAGGAGGAGCCUAGCGCGGCGCCGACUACGAGAUCUGGGAGGGGAAGUGCGGCGAGAGGGAGAGGGGCGAGGGGACGGGGAAGGGGGAAGGCGGGUCGGAAGAAGGGUUGA